AUGUUUGGACCUACAAGCAGUCGCCUAGCUAAUUCAGGCUCAGGUCAAAUCCAGUUAUGGCAGUUCCUUCUUGAACUGCUGAGUGACUCCAGCAACGCGGGCUGCAUUACUUGGGAAGGCACCAACGGCGAGUUCAAGCUAACAGACCCUGACGAGGUAGCACGACGGUGGGGGGAGCGCAAGUCCAAGCCAAACAUGAACUACGACAAGUUAAGCCGAGCGUUGAGAUAUUACUACGACAAGAACAUCAUGACGAAGGUUCACGGAAAGCGGUACGCAUACAAGUUUGACUUCCAAGGUUUAGCAGCGGCUACGCAGCCGGCUGCGACGGACCAAGCGUACAAAUACCAAAGCGACCUGUUCAUGAGCUCAUAUCACCACUCAGCCAAGUUGUCUUCGUUUAUGGCACCACACGCGGCGAUGCCCACGUCCACAGCGUCAAUAUUUCCGUCAGCCUCUUGGAGUAACUGGGGCGGUGGCGGGAGUAAUCUCUAUUCACCACACUCCAUGGCACCACCCCAUGUGGCGUCACAUCUUGGCUCCUACCCACAUUACGCAUGA